AUGGCUGGGAGAUGGCAUCGGUGGCUGCUUGUCAGCCUCGUCACGCUCAGCGCGGCGCGCAAGACCCACUUUGAGCCGUGGUCUCCUUGCCACACUCUGCACGGCAGCGGGAAAAACGCGCUGGUCACGGGAAUCACUGGGAUGCUGGGAAGCCAUGUUGCCGAGGCCUUGCUCGAGCGCGGCUACAAAGUCUUCGGUGUCGUGAGGCCGCGCAGCAACAUCCGAAACCUGGCGACCUUCCAAGCCAAGAUUGAGAUUUUAACUGCUGAGCUGACAGACCCGUGGCGGGUGUUGAGGUUGAUGGAGAAGGUGAAGCCAGACUACAUCUUUCAUUUCGCGGCCCAAGCCUUCAACAGCCUGUCUUUUGAUCAACCUGCCGAGACCCUGUCCACAAACAUGAUGAGCACGCUCCACAUUCUGGAGGCAGCGCGUCAACUGAACAUGAAGAGCAGUCGGGUGGUGAUUGCAGGUUCUUCUACCGUUUACGGCGCUUCGACAGAGGACUGGGAUGGGCCUGUUCCUGAAGAGGCCGCUAUGAAGCCAGUGUCGCCCUACGGUGUCAGUAAGGCAGCCAGUGAGCUGCUUGCUUUGUCGUAUGCCCGCGCCCACGGCCUUCACGUCAUAGUGCCGCGAUUCUUCAUCCAUCUGGCACCACGAGGUGUGGAGGCGCUUGCCUUGCACGACUUUGCCAGGCAGGUCGCGAUGGUGGAGAGGGGCCUCCUUUCUCCUCCUGUGCUGCGCCAUGGGGACUUGUCGACCCGACGCGACAUCACGGACAUCGUGGACUCCGCACCUGUGGUGGUGUGCCUGGCGGAAGUGGCUCCAAGCGCCACGGUGGUGAACCUUGGUUCGAAUGUUUCAUACAGCAUGCAGCAGCUGUUGAAUGAGCUGGUUCUGCUCAGCCCUUCAUGGAGACCAGAGAAUCAGUCGGAUGGUCCUUCUGCCCUCCGCUUGGAGAUGGACGUGUCACGCCUCCGGGCAUAUGACGAGCGCAUUGUCAUGGCAGAUAUCAGCCGAGUUCAACAACUGACAGGGUGGGUUCCUCAGCCGGAUAUGCCGCGCCUGCUGCGCAUGUUGCUGGACUACUGGAGGCAUGAGACUGCCUUCCGCUAUCCAGAAGAGCUUUCCUCACCCAGGCCCGCAAGCUCUGAUGACAGAACUGAGUUCAUGGCAGAGUUGUAA